AUACGCCCGUGGUUAGCACUGCCAUGGAAUCGCUGACCCUGCCAGACACGCCUAGACCUCCCUCGCUGAGUUUGAUGAACUGUGUGGCUGAUGGAGUGGAGGCCUUGGCCAGGACGGUACAGGCAUAUGCUCCCAGCAGCAAGAGGUACGAUCAAAUUUCGAUUAUGGAGCCUGAACUCCUGGAGGUGGAGGAGCAGCGGCGGCUGCUGGGGCUUUUGCACGUGUCUGGUGUCCGCACCUACGGUUCAGGCGUCACGCGCAUCAUGGUCCACUCAUACGAUGACGAGGCGAAUCUUUUGAUUACUGAUGAACCUCCUCCUGCCCGCGACUUGGACCAAUCGAUCAAGAACGAUGGAUGCUGCGUUUGUUAGAGGCUCCUCCAUUGCUGCUCAGUUUUUCUUACUUUUUACUUUUUUACUUUUUACUUAUUUUUUUACUCCCGAUGACAUUUUUCCGGCUUCGUUAGAAUUAUUUAGCUGCUAAAAAUGUUAUUUCUGCGGCUUUGAUGUUCUCUCCGCGUUUUCAACGAUAAAUGAAAUGAGAUUCUAA